UUUAAUUACAGUGUCCAAUAUGGUUAUUCACUUUUCGCCAUUUGUUGCCUUUGUCUUGAGAAGCUCUAAACGUUCUCGCUCGUUUUAAUACAUUACCCAACAGCCGUUCAUUAGUUAUUUGCAUAAUAACAAUCAAAGUGAGUAUACAACUAUGUUAUGAAAUAAUUCUUUGAUUUAGAGGCAUUUUAAAAGAAACUAGGCUUGGUUAGAGUAUAAUAUAAUCACGAGGUUACCUACUAAAAGCCAAAUAUACAGCCGGCUUCGGCUGCAAAGCACAUGGUAAAUUUCUAAAUUCCGAGACGAAUAAGAUAGCAGUUACUCCUUUAUUAAUACAAUUUAAACAUUGUUUGCCUGCUUUCAUUAAAGUUUACAUCCAAUUUGCUGGUGGUUUAUUAUAGUAGUUUUGUACAAGUGUGAUUUUUUUUUUUUUUUCAGUAGUUAAAUCAUGGCUCGUACUAAACAGACCGCUCGCAAAUCUACUGGUGGCAAAGCUCCCCGAAAACAGUUGGCGACCAAAGCUGCUAGGAAAAGCGCGCCGAACACUGGUGGCGUAAAAAAACCACAUCGUUACCGCCCGGGAACUGUCGCUCUACGUGAAAUACGCCGUUAUCAGAAAUCUACGGAGCUACUGAUCCGCAAAUUGCCAUUUCAACGUUUAGUCCGUGAAAUUGCACAAGAUUACAAAACUGAUUUGCGUUUUCAGAGUGCAGCUAUUGGGGCUUUACAAGUUUGUAAUUUAAUUAUAAAACAUUGACAGAUACUAUACCUAGGUUACUGUUCUUUACAUGGGUACUUCAAUUCAUUACAAUUUUAAUUUAUGUGUUUGUUAUUACUGUACCUAAUGGACAUAUCAUUAUUAUUCUCUGUAGUCAAUCUUAGGAUUGGCAUGGAACAAUCCUCCUAAUUUCUUUAUAUACAUUUUGAUUCAUCAUUAUUGUGUAUUGGCUCAGUCAAGCAAAAAAUAAAUAAAAUUAGGUUUAUAUUCCAUUCAAUUUUUGUUUUAAUUGAGAAGUAUGUGUUUAAGGGGUCAUAACCAAUUUAUGAUGUCUAUUUGAUAAUUUUUUUUGGUGCAUAAAUAAAUAUGAAAGAAAUCAUAGGUGUGCCCUAUAGAAUCUUUUAUUAAUUUAUUGAUACUAUUAAAUUGUUUUUAAUAUUUUUUUUCCCUCAAUCUUAAGAACAUAAAUACUAUAUUUUUGCAUUAACUGAUUAAUUAUCUUUAUUUUAUGAUAUUUAACAGGAAGCCAGUGAAUCAUAUUUAGUUGGACUGUUUGAGGAUACCAACUUGUGCGCCAUUCACGCCAAACGUGUUACUAUCAUGCCAAAAGACAUUCAACUGGCAAGACGUAUUCGAGGUGAACGAGCUUAAUCUAUAUUCUAAAUUAAUCAAAUCUCUUUAAAUUCAAUUAUAAGUCUGAAUUAUUUUUUUAUACAUACAUAUUAUACACUCCACACAUUUCUUUUCAUAUCAUAAUUAUAAUUUUUUUUUUUCUUAUAUAUAUAUAUAUACAUAAUUAAUUUUAAUAAUUUAUCUUAGGGAAUUACAACAUGUAUUUAAUCAUAACAGUAUUAUGAAAUAUGUUAUUGUAUUUAAUUCCUAUUUUGAAAAACAAGAU